UCAUUUCAAGCAUAAAUUCCCCUGAAAAGAUCUUAAAAUACCGGGAAACUUAACUACUCCCCUUUUGAAAGUGUCAGCAAGAAAACCAUAUACCAAAUCCAAGAAAGAGAGCUGUUCAACUACAAUGCUCAAGAUAAGGCAAAACAAAUCUUCUCAUUUUCAAACUCUUUUCAGUUCCAUCCAAAUUACAAGAUGGCAACCAAUUCUUGGCUCUCUAUGAUUCUUUAUCUCUUCAUUAUUUCCAUUCUUUCAAUUAUUCCAAAAGCUUCUUGUCAACCAAAUUCACCACAAAAUGUUGAAACUUUCUAUCCCUUUCCUUUGCCAAAUCUUCUUCCUCCUCCUAUUCCACCCGUUCAACGGCCUCCACCAUCUCUGCCUCCGCCUCUACCUCCGCCACUGCCACCUGGCCCCACUCUGCCACCCAACACGCCUGUUGAUUCAUCAGAUUCAUCAUCAAAGGCUGUUGGAACAGCUAUUGGUGUGACUGCUGCUAGCACUGUAGUUUUAUCUGCUCUUUUGUUCUUCUUCUUGGUUAGGUACUCGAGGAGUAGAAAAAGGCGACUAGAAGGUGGCAGCGCGAAUGGUGUUGAUCAUCCACGGGGUGGUGCUGGUGCUAGUGCUAGUGGUAAUGCUACUACCCCUGGGGUUGCCCAAGAUCAAUUCUUGAAAUUUGAAGGAAACCUUAAAGGGGUAAUAGUAGAUGAAAAUGGAUUGGAUGUGUUGUAUUGGAGGAAAUUAGAAAGUGAUGAAGUGAACAAAGAAAGUUUCAAGAAGAAAAAGGUCUUUGCUAAUGCAUUAAGAGAUGAAGAAGAAGAGAAGAGAAUAAUCAGUCGAGGCGUCGGUGGCCGAAGGCCACCGGAGCAUCCAAUUCAAGAAUUUCCUCUGCUUAGAGGCAAAUCUUCAACAUCUCAAAGCCCUUCUUGGCUAGACUUAGAAAAUAAUCCACCACCUUCUGCAGGGAUAGUUUUUAAACCUAUGGAGAGACAAGAUUCUUCAAGCCAACUCGAAUCACGCGCUCCUCCUCCAGCUCCUACACCGCCACCGCCGCCACCACUGCCGUCAUUGUCUGUAUCGGUGAUUCAAAAUGCACCUAGUCCUCCACCUCCACCGCCACCGGGAGUAAGGAAAGGCCCUCCACUACCCCCACCACCUAUUCAUCCUGGUCGCUUGCCUUCAUCAUCAGGUGAAGGAACUUCUGGAAGUGGAAAUGAUAAAGUGAAACUGAAGCCAUUGCAUUGGGAUAAAUUGAAUGCUAAUGUUGAGCAUUCAAUGGUAUGGGACAAGCUCGACCGUGGAUCCUUCAAGUUUGAUGGAGAUCUUAUGGAGGCUCUAUUUGGAUCUGUUGCUACAAAUAAAAAGUCCCCAGGAAGAGAAGAAAGAAGAUCAUUGAGUCCAAGAGAUAUAUCAGGUCCACCUUCUGAGAUAUUCAUUCUUGAAACAAGAAAGUCUCAAAACAUAGCAAUUGUACUCAGGUCCCUUGGCGUUACUCGCAAAGAGAUUAUCGAUGCACUUAUUGAUGGGCAAGGUUUAAGUGUUGAUACUCUAGAGAAACUCAGCAGAAUUGCCCCAACGAAAGAAGAAGAAUCAGAAAUUUUUGCAUUUGAAGGAGACCCCACCAGGCUAGCUGAUGCUGAAUCUUUUCUCUUCCACAUACUCAAAGCUGUUCCAUCCUCCUUUAUUCGUUUCAACGCCAUGCUUUUUAGGUCAAAUUAUGGCACAGAAAUUCUGCAUCACAAAGAGUACUUACAAACACUGGAAUUGUCUUGUAAGGAGCUUAGAGCUCAAAGAUUGUUCUUGAAACUUCUUGAAGCCAUUCUGAAAGCAGGGAAUAGAAUGAAUGCAGGAACAUCUAGAGGAAAUGCACAAGCAUUUAAACUUACCGCUCUUAGAAAACUGUCUGAUGUGAAAAGUAUGGACGGGAAAACCACUUUACUUCACUUUGUUGUGCAAGAAGUAGUCAGGGCAGAGGGCAAACGUUGUGUGCUUAAUCAAAAUCAAAGUCGUGGGACUAGCGGCAUCCCGACCUCAAAGAAUUCUACCGAAAAUGAUGAGACUGAGAAGGAGUAUGUGAUGCUCGGUUUACCAAUUAUCGGUGGCCUAAGUUCCGAGUUUAGUAAUGUAAAGAAAGCAGCUGCAAUAGACUACGACACGCUUUCUAAGACGUGCUCGAUUCUAACAGCUCAGACAUCUGAAAUCCGGGGGCAUUUAGCACAAUGUGGCAGUGAUAAAGGAAAAUUUGGAAAAGAGAUGAAAAAAUUUCUGGAUGCUGUUGACAAAGAAAUAAAAACAGUGAGAGAAGAACAAGAUAGAGUGAUCGAACUUGUAAAGAAAACAACAGAUUAUUAUCAAGCAGGAGCUUCAGAUGAUAAAGGGUGGCAGCCACUUCAACUAUUUACUAUAGUUAAAGAUUUCCUAGAAAUGGUUGACAAAGUUUGUGUAGAAAUUACAAGAAACAUGCAGAAAAAGAAACCCCUUGUAGCUGUUACAGGGUCAUCAUCACCAGGAAUGGAAAAUAGUAGGGCUAUCAGGUUCCCAAAAUUGCCUGCUAAUUUCUUGUCAGACAUUUCCAAGAGCAGUUCUUCUUCUGAUUCUAGUGAUGAUUCAUGAAUACCUGAUAAGCAAAAUCUGAAGGGAUCAAGCUCUGUACAUAGAGAGGAAUUGAUAAUGUAUUUGUAAGUGUA